AUUUGAUACGGUUUUCCUGCUUAGUUUUAAAUGUCUCAAAUAGUUGCCAGGUUGUGUGUUCACUAGCAGCGCUUCCUGUCACAUAUAAGAACAAAGAUUUGUUUUGUGUCUGUCUCUAAAUUUUACUCCCGCCGCAAAAUAAACACAUGAUGAAGAAAGUUCCUGGAGGACUUUUGACCCCGCAAAAGGGAAACUCCAAGCCCUGCUGAGGUGGCAAUGGCCCGCAUCCUGUCCUUGUUCCGGUCUCAACCUUUUCUGGCCCUCCUGGGAAGAAGAAACCCCACGUUCUGCAACAUGUCCAUGGACUCAGGGGCGCGGGAAACCUUCAGAGCCACAGUGGAAGCUGUGCAGCCGGACACCGUGGUGCGGCAGAGCAUAGAGCGUAACGGCGACCAGGUCGUUAUUGACGGACGCAGAUUCACACUCAGUCACAACAUGCACCUGGUGGGCUUUGGGAAAGCGGUUCUGGGAAUGGCUGCAGAGGUAGAGAGGAUUCUGGGCGAUCAUCUAGUUAGAGGAGUCAUCAGCGUGCCGCAUGGGAUGCAGCAGACGUUACAACAGCAUGGAAAAAGCCAUUUGUUGCUAAAAGCAGACAGUCGGAUCAAAGUCAUGGAGGGAGCCAAACACAACCUACCUGAUGACGACUCUCUGAAGGCAGCCGAAGGCAUCAAGCAGUUAGCUACUGAAUUGACAGAAAAAGAUUUACUGCUUGUGCUAAUAUCAGGUGGAGGCUCUGCUCUGCUACCAGCACCAGUACCUCCAAUCUCGCUGCAGGAGAAGCUUGAUGUAACUCGCAGACUUGCAGCUGCUGGCGCGACCAUCCAAGAGCUCAACAAAGUUCGUCGAGCGCUGUCUUUGUUGAAGGGUGGAGGGCUUGCACACCACGCUCACCCCGCACAGGUGGUUUCACUCAUACUGUCUGACGUGAUUGGGGACCCUCUUGAUUUGAUAGCAAGCGGCCCAACAGUGACAUGCGAGGUGUGGCCGGAGGAGGUUUUAUCCAUCCUUGAACGACACAAACUUCUCAGCUCCAUGCCAGCUUCAGUCACACAGGUCCUUGUGAGACAGGGUCCCCGCUGGAAAGAGAGUAACAAGCACUCGGAUUCACCUGGAGAGGCUCUCAAUGCUGUGAUUGGCUCCAAUACAGUUGCGCUCACCUGCGCUGGCCGGCGAGUUCGAGAACUGGGUUUCCGUCCUGUUGUGCUUUCACCGGGAGUCUGCGGCGACGUGAGGCUCGUCUCCAGGCUGUACGGCCUGCUGGCCCGGUUCGCCUGUUCCCAGGAGGAACCGCCUCCGGAGAUCGCAGCCGAAGUGCUGAGGCUCGGACCGGAGGUCGGCGUGGAGAGCUGGGACCUGUGCCGAACCAUGCAGGUGUUGGGCGAGGGGCGCGCCGAGGGGUGGGGCGCCACAUGUGUGUUAGCUGGAGGAGAGCCCACUGUGGAGCUAACGGGCAAAGGGCGAGGAGGUCGAAACCAGGAGCUGGCUCUCCGAGUGGGACUGGAACUGAGAGGCCUGGAGCUCCCGCCGCAGGGGCCCGUGUUUCUGAGCGGCGGCACCGAUGGUCAGGACGGACCCACGGAGGCUGCGGGGGCCGUCACUGAUGCGGGGCUGUACGACGAAGCCCAAGCCCAGGGGUUAGACAUCGACGGCUUCCUCAGUAAUAAUGACUCCUACACUUUCUUUUCCCGUCUGUCAGGCGGAGAGCGUCUGCUGGUGCCUGGCCUGACCUGCACUAAUGUCAUGGAUGUUCAUGUGCUGCUUAUCCCACCUAUUCCCAUUAAAAUUAGUUAACACACAGGCUAAACAGUGCAAAAUAAUGAGUAGAUCAUCAUGUCAGUAGACAUGAAAGGCUUUUUAGGGUUUUCUAUUUUUAUAUUUGACACUCAUGGUAGGCAGAGGUGAGUAGAGUAUCCAAAAAUUGUACUCAAGUAAGAGUAGCACUACUACAACAUAUUUUUACUCAAGUAAAAGUAAAAAGUAGCUGUCCAAGAAAUUAUUCAAAUAAGAGUAAAAAUGUAUUUGGUAAAAAGGCUGAAAGUACUGAGUUACUGAUCCAAACAUAAUUUAAUAUUUACAGAUUACAUCAUCAGAUGCAAAGGGGCGUCUCAUAAAGUUUGUGGAAAUUUUAUUCCACAAACUUGUGGAAAUUUUGGUAUUUUAAAGAUCAAAAUGAAAAUAAUUGAUAUAUAAUGCUACAAUUAUGAAAUAAAAUAAGGCAAAAGAAACAUUUCCUCAAAUAAUUUUUUUAAACUUUAACAAAAACUGCAGGUCUAUGUCAGUGUUUUCCUUCUUAAUGUAAAAAUCAUUCUAAUGUUAUGUACUAGCCGACGGCAAGAUUGUACAUUAAAGUAUCAAAUAUUAUUCUGACCUCAUCUUGUUUUUCAAUAAAAAUGAAAUGACUACA